AACAAAGAGAUGCAAAGAGAAUAAUAUGCAGGGUAUCCCACGCCCCGAAAUGUGCUCACCACCAAUCACAAUCACAAUCACAACAUCUAAUGAAAUGAAUCUCUGAACAUUUGUUUACUCAAUGUCGAGCUGAGCUUACGUGCAUUGUAAAGAUCAUUAGACUAAAGUGAUGGACUAAACAGAACGACGAACAUUUUGGGAGAAAUUACGACUCGCGAUACUCUUUCCGUAAACAGCAAAAGUGGGUGAUGAAAAUGACGCUGAAAAUGCGCUUAUGAAGCACAGGCUUUUACAAAAUGUAAUAAAACAUUCCCUAUACCGGGAAGGAUGAUAAGUGCAUUCUUAAAAACUCAGCAUAAAUUUCUGUCUCUUUCUUUGAAUUUCUUUGCGGAGCUGUUUGUAACUCUCUGCUCUAUUUACAGGAAAGUUUGAGAUAAGUUAUCACCAUAUGGCCAGUCUAGGCUAUUGGUUCACUCCUGAGCUAAAUAUUUACAAUUUGAUCGGGCAGAAAGCUAACGGGACGUAGGAUAUGAAAUUUGAAGUUUCCACUCCUUUCCCAUACACUACUAAGAAAACUGUAAGCAUUACCAGCGGGGGUAACGGUUUUUUUUGGCGACUUUUUACUUAAACUCCUAAUUCCUUAUUCCUAUUUCGAAAUCAAAUGAAAAUUCCGCUAAUUACCAUAGAUUUAGAGAUAGCAUGUAAAGAAAAGAUAUUUACCCGGCUUUGGCGAAUUUACGUCAUUGAAAACAUUUCAAUCGCAAUUUAAUAAGUAAUUAAGUUGAUUAGAGUGUGAGUACAUUUUUUUUGGGAAACCCUAUAUAUGUGUACAUAAUAGUCUUUGUAAGUCUGUGUCUUUUUUAUUUUUUCUUUUUUGUAUUGAUAUCCACUGAUUACGAUAGAGUUAGCAAAAUUCGAGCUCUAUUUACUUAAAUAUUUAUGUUGCAUAUUGAUUUAUAGGAAUCAUAUUGGCUGGAACAGUACUCAUGGGCUCUAUUUAAAGCCAUGUCUCAUAUGCUAUGCAUAGGUUAUGGCCGCUUUCCACCUCAGUCAUUAACGGAUAUGUGGCUGACAAUGUUGUCCAUGAUAUCGGGUGCUACAUGUUAUGCUUUGUUCCUCGGUCAUGCCACAAAUCUUAUACAAAGUUUGGAUUCAAGCAGGCGUCAGUACCGUGAGAAAGUCAAACAAGUCGAAGAGUAUAUGGCGUAUCGUAAGCUACCACGUGAUAUGCGGCAACGAAUAACCGAAUAUUUUGAGCAUCGUUAUCAGGGUAAAUUCUUCGAUGAAGAAUGUAUUUUAGGGGAAUUGAGCGAAAAAUUACGAGAAGAUGUUAUUAAUUAUAAUUGUAGAUCUCUCGUUGCGUCAGUGCCUUUUUUUGCAAAUGCUGACUCCAAUUUCGUUUCUGAUGUCGUUACAAAACUUAAAUACGAAGUAUUUCAACCCGGUGAUAUUAUUAUAAAAGAGGGUACAAUCGGAACCAAAAUGUACUUUAUACAGGAAGGUGUGGUUGAUAUUGUGAUGGCCAAUGGAGAGGUCGCCACAUCCUUAUCAGAUGGCUCAUAUUUCGGUGAAAUUUGUUUAUUAACGAAUGCCCGGCGUGUGGCCAGUGUUCGCGCGGAAACGUAUUGCAAUUUAUUUUCAUUGAGUGUCGAUCAUUUCAAUUGCGUAUUGGACCAAUAUCCGUUAAUGAGAAAAACAAUGGAAACUGUGGCAGCUGAGCGUCUUAAUAAAAUCGGUAAAAAUCCUAAUAUUAUGCAACAGCAACAAAAAGACGAACAAAUCAGUAAUCCCGAGUCGAAUACCAUAACAGCGGUGGUGAAUGCUUUAGCAGCUGAGGCAGACGAUUGCAAAGAUGACAGUGACCUCGAUAACAAAGAGAAUUUAUUACACGGCUCACAGUCAAGCAUAACAGAGCCAAUACAAACGAUACGAGAAGGUUUACCGCGACCGAGAAGCGGUGAAUUUCGCGCUCUAUUCGAGGGUAAUACACCAUGACACUGAGAGCCACCAACAGCAAUAUCAACGCCAACAAUACAACUGCAGCAACAACAGCGCAUGCAGUUGCGAACAUUUGCUCAUGAUUCAAAGCGAGCAACAUUAUGAGAUGUCAUCAUUAGCAGCAAUCACAGCCAUCAUUAUUUCAGCAGCCGUAGAAAACGCAACAGCAUUAGUGUUAAUAGCCAAAGCAUUAACAGAAUCGAAAGCAUUAAUAACCGCAUCCGCAUCCGCAUCCGCAUCUGCAUCUGCAUCAGCACUCGCAUUCGCAUUCGCAUUCGCAUUUGCAUACACGUCUUAGCAAUUUUCGGCUAACAAUUCAACUGUACAAAAAUGCUUUAUAGUGUAGUCGCGUGAUUAAUGGAUGG